AUUCAUUCUGAACUUGGUAUUGUUUUUUUAAUCACCUGGACCAGUAAAGCAGUUUUUGAAAACCAUCACAGAUUUUAAGGUGCCAAAAUGGUGAACUGCUGUGGAUUGAUAACUGUCAAGAAUAAACCAGUGCCUCUGAAGAGUAUUGCUGUGGAAGUGAGUGUCCAGGGGCAUGUGGCCACUGUGAGCUCCACUCUGCAGUAUGAGAACCAGGAGAAGAGCCCUCUGGAGGCCAUCUUUGUUUUCCCUCUGCCAGGAGAGGCUGCUGUCUGCAGGUUCAGCGCCAAGAUAGGACAGACUGAGGUGGUGGCUGAGGUUCAGGAGAAACAGAAGGCGCGGGAGCAGUAUGAUGAUUCAUUGAGCUCGGGCCAGCAGGCCUUCCUAUUGGAGGAGAGUGAUGAGAGCCCGGAUGUGUUCAAGCUGAGUGUAGGUAGUCUGCCUCCAGGGGAGAAGGCCUCUGUCAGCCUAGACUAUGUGACAGAGCUGGCUGUACAGGCUGACGAUGGCCUGAGGCUCUGCCUGCCCGCCGUGCUCAACCCCCGCUAUCAACCCCAGGGGUCAGACAGUGGUAGUGGUGGCAGUGCCCUGGUGUCCUCGGUGCCUGCUGCUUCUGUGCCCUACAGUCUGUCCCUCACUGCCCGUGUGUCGUCCCCUCAUCCCAUCUGUAGAGUCGAGUCCAACUGUCCCCUGGACCCACUCAACUACCUCAACACAGAGAAAACCCAAGCCACGGUCAGUCUGGCUGCAGGUCAUCAAUUUGACCGGGACGUUGAGCUGUUGUUGUAUUACCAAGACACCCAUCAGCCUACUGCUAUAGUAGAGGCAGCACAGACUUCUGCCAAGCCAGGCUCUCUGAUGGGCGACCCAGUGGUCAUGCUGAGCCUGUACCCAGAGUUCCCCAAAGAUGUGAUGUCGACGAUGACCUCACUCGGGGAAUUCCUUUUUGUUGUGGAUCGCUCUGGCAGCAUGUCAUGCUCCAUGCACAAUGGGUCUGGGGCUCAGGACCGCAUUGGCAGUGCCAGGGAUACUCUGCUGCUCUUGCUGAAAAGCCUGCCAAUGGGGUGCUACUUCAACAUCAUCGGCUUUGGGUCCAGUUAUGAGUCCUUCUUUCCUAAGAGUGUGGAGUACAGCCAGAAGACUAUGGAUGAGGCUCUGCAGAAGGUGAAGGCAAUGAGGGCUGAUCUCGGAGGUACAGAGAUCCUCCAGCCUUUAAAACAUAUCUACCGCCAGCCCUGCCUCCCUGACCAGCCCAGACAGCUCUUCUUGUUCACUGAUGGUGAGGUGGGGAACACCAAGGAAGUACUGGAUCUGGUGAAUGCAAAUGCCGGCUCUCACAGGUGCUUCUCCUUUGGGAUUGGAGAGGGGGCCAGCUCUGCUCUCAUCUCUGGGGUGGCCAAGCAGGGCGGAGGGCACGCACAGUUUAUCACAGGACAGGACAGAAUGCAGCCCAAAGUGAUGCAGUCCCUCCGGUUUGCCCUGCAGCCGGCUGUGGUGGACAUCUCCGUCAAGUGGAAUGUCCCAAAGGGGGUGUCUGUCACCCCUCUGUCUCCACCAAUCAGAGUGCUCUUCCAGGGUCAAAGGGCACUGCUGUAUGCCCAGCUCACUGGGAAGAGCUCAGGGGACACAGAGGGCUCAGUGACAGUGAAGUACAGCCUGGCUGAGCAGCCUGUUGAGAACCAGCUGAGCUUCAGUCUCAAGCCUACAGAGGACACUGGACUGACCGUCCACAGGCUGGGGGCUCGAACCCUGAUCCGCUCCCUGGAGAUGGAAGAGAGGCAGGGGGAUGGGGAGAAGAAGGGAGUGAAAGAGAAGGUGGUAGAGCUCAGUGUCCAAUCAGGAGUGAGCAGUGCCUUUACUGCCUUCAUCGCUGUCCACAAAGUAGAUGGAGAGGCUGUGCAAGGACCGAUGCUACGCAGACAAGUCCCCACGCCAAGCAGAGCAGGCAACAGAUGGCACACAGACAGCAGAGCUGUGGACAGAUAUGCAGGGACAGACUUGGAGAGACAGGGAGUCUCAGACUCUGGUGAUGAUGUAUCAGACUCUGACAUAAACUACAGAGGGUAUAUGGGUUUUCGUCGUCCGAGGAAGAGGAAUGGGACCAAAGUGCAGCGUGAGUAUAUGGGUUGUCGUCGUCCGAGGAAGAGGAAUGGGACCAAAGUGCAGCGUGACUCUGACUGUCCAGCCCCAGCCUCUAAUCCUGUGAAGGACCCUCUCCUCCAGUUGAUCUCCCUCCAGAAGGCCUCUGGUUCCUGGGUCCUGGAGGCAGCGUUGGCUGAGGUGCUGGGGAAGACUGAGGAGGAGGUGGCCAAGCCAAAGCCUGCACCGGUGGACCAGGAGGUGUGGGCCACGGUUCUAGCCCUGGUAUGGCUCUAUGGGUUCAAGAUGGAGGCUCAGGAGGAGUGGCAGUUUCUGGCCACGAAGGCAGUAUCAUGGAUCCAGGCUCAGAAAGCAGCCAGUGUGUCCGAGUGUGUCCAGGCUGGGAACACCCUUCUGGGUUGCCAGGUGCAGAAAGACACAUUGGGGCUCUGAGACGUUCACCCUGGCUGUCCCCCACACUCCUGCUACUCUACUCGGGGUCAGAUAUACACGCAAACCCACCUGCUCCUGGUCCCCUCCUUAAAGCAACAUGGUGGAACUAGCUACUGUACCGGUCUGAACAAGCCCAAUUAUCAACCUCUUACCUAUAUUAGCCUACUGUCAUUUAAUGUAGGGGCACUUAUGUAUCGGUUGUUAUUAACAUAUCAACAUGAAUCUAUGUAUUACCAAUACCGCUAUACUUGUUAGACUUUGCUUUGGUUAUCAAUUCCAUAAAGCCUACUGGAAACAAUGUGUUAACAGUACUUGUCAUCACUAACCAAAAUGCUUGGUAAAAUGGAAAGCUAGAUGAGUGCCUUUACUGUGUGAUCAUGUAACACUGUCUAUAUUCAUGUAUUUCCUCAUAUUUUACCACUGUACUUUAAAAUCAUAUGAUAAAAUCCAUGAUAUUCUACA